GAGAGACUCGUUCAUGUGAGUCACAUUAAAGAUUCAUUCAAAAAGAACCAGGAGUUCAUGAACAACCAUCACUACAGUGGCCAGCGCGCGCGGAGAGGGAAGGAUGAAGUCCAACAAACACAAGGCACCACACACUACUGACACAGAGUUUGGAGGAGUUACAGGUGCUGCAUGUAUUAUAGUGCUCCUCCCCCUCACUGUGCUCUUCCUGCUGAGUGUGUGUGUGUCUGAGGAGGGCGCUGUGCUGCGCUGGCCCCCCCCACUGCCCCCCCACUCUGACCUCUUCGACCCCCGAGCUGUGUUCAUCAUCACUGUGUGGAUCAGCACACACACACUGCUCUACCUGCUCCCAGUCGGCAAGGUGUCCGAGGGUUUAGUUCUCAGGGAUGGAAACAGACUGAAAUAUCCGAUAAACGGGUUCCAUGCGCUGUGUGUGACGACAGUGUUGGUGUGUGUGUGCGCGGGAGUGGGCGUACCCCUGGCGCUCCUCUAUGAGCUGAUGGUGCCACUGGCGGUGUGUGCAGUGGGCGUGGCCUUCCUGCUCUCUCUCUACCUGUACACUCGCUCCUUCUGGGCUCCUCCACAUGAACUGGCCCUCGGGGGAAACACAGGUCAUCCUGUGUAUGAUUUCUUUAUGGGACGGGAGUUAAACCCACGCAUCGGCUCAUUCGAUCUGAAAUACUUUUGUGAGUUGAGACCAGGAUUAAUUGGUUGGGUGGUGCUAAAUGCAGUGAUGUUGAUGAAGGAGGUGGAGCUCAGAAGAUCUCCGUCAGUGUCAAUGCUGCUGGUCAACGCCUUCCAACUCCUCUAUGUCACUGACGCUCUAUGGAACGAAGAGGCAGUGUUGAGCACCAUGGACAUUGUGCACGAUGGUUUCGGCUUCAUGCUGGCGUUCGGUGACCUGGUUUGGGUUCCGUUCACAUACAGCCUCCAGGCAGCCUUUCUAGUGUCUCACCCUCACACCCUCACUCCCUUCGGUGCCCUCGCCAUCAUCCUGCUGAACGGAAUCGGAUAUUACGUCUUCCGCAAGUCCAACUCUCAGAAGAACCUCUUCAGGAGAGACCCGACACACAGCAGCGUCCGGCAUUUAGAAACAAUCGCCACGGCAACAGGAAAGCGGUUGUUGGUGUCGGGAUGGUGGGGGUUCGUCAGACACCCCAAUUACCUUGGAGACCUUCUGAUGGCACUAGCGUGGUCUCUGCCUUGUGGGUUCUCCCACAUCCUGCCCUACUUCUACGUGCUGUACUUCAGUGUGCUGUUGGUGCACAGGGAGGCGCGAGACGAGCGGCAGUGCAGAGCCAAGUACGGGGCGGCGUGGGAGGCGUACUGCAGACGCGUGCCCUACAGGAUCGUUCCCUACGUCUACUGAGCUCACACACACACACUC